ACUGGCAGUUUUAAAAAGAGACAGUUGGAGAAGAAGAGUCCUACUUAGCUACUUCCAUUGUUUGACACAUCACUCCCUCCAACACAAUUUUCUCCAAAUUCAUUUUCUUCUUCUCUCUAUAUAUCAAUCACUCAUAAUACCACCCACUUCAUUUUUUCAAUCCAUUCUCCACUCCUUUGAACUCAUCUUCAACCUCAAGAACCUUGAAGAAAACUAGAGAUCAUGAGGUUUAAUUAAUUGGGUUCAUUUGAUUUGACACAAAAAAAUAUUCAAUGGCAAAGAAGACGACGAGUUGUUGGGUUGGCUGGCUCAGAAGGCUGUUUGUUUCUCAGGAAAAACCAGAAAAAUCAAAGAAAUCAAAGAGAUGGAGAUGGAUUGGCUAUGUUAAAACAAAGCUUAAACAAAAGCCUGCAAUUUCAUUACCAGAGAGCAGAGCAACAAUUGAUGAAGCAGCAGAACAGCAGAGGAAAUAUGCCAUGACUGUUGCUAUUGCAACGGCAGCUGCAGCAGAGGCUGCUGUCGCGGCGGCUAAGGUGGCGGCCGAGUUUGUUCGAAUUACUACUGCCUCUUCUCAAUCUUGUCGUCUUCAUUGUAUAAACGCAGAUCAACAAUUGGCUGCCAUUAAGAUACAGAGCGCUUUUCGAGCUUAUCUUGCGAGGAAAGCUUUGCGAGCAUUGAAAGGAUUGGUUAAACUCCAAGCCAUGGUGCGUGGACGAGCAGUGAGACGCGAGUUAGUCAUGAAAUUGAAGCGUUUGCCAUCACAGGGCCGAGAAAUAUGUGUUCCUAAUAUAGAUAAAAGUCGUAUGGAUCAUGAGUAUAUUCAUUUAAAGUCCAAGGAUCCGGGAGAAAUGGAUAGUAAGGCGAAGAACCAAAGUAAAGAUUCACAAUUAGUUCAAAUGCUAGAAUGCAAAAGCCGAAGAUGUUGGGAUUACAGCAUGCUUUCAAAGGAAGAACUGUGGAUGAAAAGGCAAGAAGCCACUGUCAAACGAGACAGAAUGAUGAAAUAUUCAUUUUCUCACCGGGAGAGGAGAAACACUCAAAUGCUGGAAGAAUCGCUGCCGAAUAAGGAAAGUGCUAGGCAGAGCCAUUGGUGGGAGCAAUUCGCGGAGAAAGAUGCAUACAUUAAAGAAGGAAUGGAGACUCUGAAGCCAAUUUCCGUUUCUAAUCUGUCAACUGCUGACAUAUUUGGCACUGUACAACUUAGAUCAAGAAAUUCAGUAAAACAAGAUUCGAUAGAGGCAUUAAAUUCACCAGUAUCAUUUCCGAGAAGAUCAUUUUGUCGUAUGCAACGGAGUGGCAUCGGAAAUGACAGUUCCAUCCCUAAUUCUCCAGUUUUUCCAACUUACAUGGCUGCAACAGAAUCUGCAAAGGCGAAGGCAAGGUCGAUGAGCACACCAAGACAACGACUCGGAAUUCAGGAAGCUUUACUUGAUCACAGCCUAUCAUACAAGAACGGAGUUUCUCUCUGGUCUUCUUAUGAUGGUGAGUUGUAUAGCAUUUGUGGAAAGAAUCCUGUAAAAGUAAAUCAUCAUCGCUGAGAUGCCAAUCAUUUCGAACGUAUAAUUUUUUGCAAAAAAUCUGCCGAAGAUGGAUAUAUCGAUCCCUCAGCUUCUAACAAGACACUGACGUAUCUUCAAGAUCUGUUCAUUUGGGGUCUCCAUAUACAAACAACAAUAUGCUGAUUAUUUUAAGUGAAGAUUUGAUGCACUGAUUGAAGAAGAAAGCUCAAAAGGUUCCUUUUUAGAGCUUAUUUCAAUUUUUGAUGUCUAUAUCAAUUUAUUUUUGUUCCUUUUUGGUUUACUUUUACUAGGGAGAUGGUUUGUUCUAUGUUUUUGGAAGGUUGGGAGUGGAGUUUUGUCUUUCUAAACAUGUUAAAACUGAUAAAAUUACUUGCAAUCAGAAGUAUAAAUAGUUUUGGUGUCUUUUGAAGGGAGUACAAGACUUAGCUUGAAACACUUCUUUACAUCUUGUACAUCAGAAAUUUUGGAAUGAGAUUGAAAUGUUGUGGAUUGAUUGAA